AUGGCUCCUCUUUUCCAAACGGUAAGUCUUUACGUACCUUUAUGUUAAUUUCGCGCCUUUUUUGUCUAUGUUUGCUUUUGCGAAUUAAGUUGGUGAGUCACGGUAUCUUUUCACUCUGUGUAUAUUCAUGAAUGUCUUUAGUCUUCAUAAACAUUAUCAUCCUUGAGAAUCGUAUUUUAUGGAGUAACGUGUAUGACGUGUAGCGUUAUCAUUCUUUUCAAUUAUUAUAUUGUUUCUAUUGUAGAGUUACUAUGUUUAUAAGAAAUAGGAUCUUAAUGUAAAAAAUUAGGGGAGAUUGAAUUGUUACAAGGGGCCGUAUUUUAAUAUAGAUUUAGCUCCUUUUGUCUAGUUGAAGAAACAAAAAAUUGAAAACCUCAUUUUAAAUAGCUAGACGUUCAAAUUAGUAUUUUAAUCUUGUAAGACUAGGCUAAAAAAAAGUUUACUACCAGCUCCAUCAUAGUACAUUAAUUCAUACGACGUUUUACCGUGGUAUCUUUGAGCAAACAUGGCACUAUUUCGCAAACACUUUAUGAAGUGAUCUUUUCAUGUAAAUUGGGCUCGCUCUCGAGUAUCCAUCGCCGAGAGUGUUUGACCAGUUCUUUUUGUGGGACCUUCAAGAACACUGGAACCGCUUCAAAUCUUUUCCGUGUUCCUUUUGUUCUCUUAAGGAAGGUAACUUGAAUAUUAUUGUUUCAAACCAGCAGGGCGAGAUGAUUCAAAUUAAUCAGGUUACUUGUGGUUUUACUGUGGUAAAGUCGUUUUUGUGAUAGUGGGGUUGUCGUAUGUAGGUUUGAAACUUGCGGUAUGUUGUCUUUCAACUUGGUUUGGUCCAAUUUGCGGGGUAACGGUUCGAAUUGUUGUUUUAAUUGCCGCCGGAUAAUAAACCUGGCGCCAGAAUUAACGCAGCUGAGCAUUACAAACUACUGCAACUCUUCCUGCAAUUAAUAUUCGGGGCUUCGUUACAUAAUACAUGACCUGCUUGUACUCCCUCCCCCCACACGUGUUUCUCCGCGUUUUUUGAUUGUUCGACAGAUUAACUGACCCGUCGAUAUUGUACAUGGGAUUACUACUGGCAGUCAUACGAAGAUUUCCUGCUUUAUUAAAGAGUAAUUAUGACGCGCUUCCUCUCUGGCGGAUCCUCUUUGCUCGCUACGUGAGUAAUGUGUUACAGUUAUGGUACAAGAUGAGACGCUUUAAUUAAAUAUUGUCUAUCUGCAUGGGUAUAAAGAAUAUCUGGGCGAAGCGGUACUUUGUUUAAUAGUUUUGUGUUGUAUCACUUUGUUUUUAUUGGAAGUAAGAUAAUAUGUGUUGUUUUGUACUAAAGGCUAAUUUUGGAGAGGGGGGGGGGUAGUACUUUUUUUAAAAAACAAUUGAACUUGGUGUGCUUGUUAAUUUUGAGAAAGGAUUGUAAUAACAAAGAUGUUUUAUAUGUAAAAAUUGUUGUAGUAUUAUAUUAAUAAGUUAUAUAGCGCCAAACCUGAUACUAUACGGUAAUAAACAUUCCGUGACAUUCCCAUUACCGACCUUGGUAUGACACUCGUCGUCAAAGUCCGGUGGCAAAGUUGUCGCAAUAAUAAACUCAUUCCUCGGCAGGUUCGAUCCACACAAUGGAGUGAGGGAUCUCGACUGUCAUUAACCGAGAGCUUGAUCGCCGCGCCAUUUCAGUGGAGGGGGGGGGGAGGGAGGGAAGUGCCCCUCCAACUCCUUUAGAUCGUUUACCGGCUUAAUAUUGUGUUAAAUGCGUAAUUGAGCGGAUCUCCUUCGUUCCAGUCCAGUUUACGUCAGGUAGCCGGUCAGAUGUUAUCUGUGACAAGAGUUAGUUAUGUAGUAGCGAGAGGUGGCUGACUCACUCGGCUGACCCGGAUUCCGGCGAGUUAACUUUUGUUACAUUUGUUAAGCCUACUUUUAUCUGGUUUUUCGUUAUUUUAUGUAGUGAAAGCCCUUAAUACAUCUCCAAACUUGCUGACAGUAUAUUGUGAUAGUGUUGUGGUAUCUGUGGGUAAUUGUUCUCGCCAAUUUGGGGAGAUUACUCUGUAAAUUCGCUGUUUUCAAGUUUACUCUCGGCUAUUAUCGCUGUUUGUUUUCACUUCUUUUCUAUCUUUCGUACUCUUUUAGCUAUUUAUAUUCGUAAUUCCUGUUUAUUCUUUGGCCGCUGAUUCAACAUAACAUGGCGAGUGACCGCUGAUGGUAGUCGGGAGAACUUUACUGUCGGGUAAAAACAUCUGUCUCGCGAUAUAUUCAAAGGCGCUUAAUUACAUUUUUACUAUAGUUACUGCUCAUUUACCAUAAACCUACUUUACUACUAAAAUAUUAGCCCAUUAUCUUAUUGUUGUUACUAUUACGAUUACUUUUGCUAUUAUAUUGAGGUUAUUCUAUGAAAUAAUUCUGUAAAUACAAAAGAUAUCAAGUAUGGUUGUGUUUUUGCAGAUGGUUAAAGAACUGUGUCAUCGGUGCACCAAGCCCGUGUACCCCACAGACAAAGUAGGACCACUCAAAGAUGGUACCUUCUUCCACAACGGCUGCUUCAAAUGCUACAUUUGUGGUACCAGACUGGCCUUGAAGACCUAUUGCAACAACAGAAAUGACAUUGAUGACAAAGAGGUAUACUGUAACAACCAUGUGCCCAACCCUAAUCCCCACGAUCCGAUGCCGGCCUUGAAGCCGCUAAGAAGUAACAACAACAAUAACAACAACGACAAACAAUGGGUGGAUGCGGGCUUGGCCGACAUGAAGAUCGCCCAUGCCAUGAAGGCUACACAGGUGGCCAAGCCUUAUCCGAAGAUCAAACACGAAGGGGCCAAGUACCUGGUAGACUACGAUGACCAAACCAGGUUAGAGUUGGUACACAGGAAAGUAGAAGAUGAAAUGUAUGAAGAGUUCACCCAGGAACGGAGGAUGGAGCUGGAGAACUUUGAGGAGGAAACAAAGGUACGUUUGGUACACUUUUUGGUAUUAUUCUGAAAGUAAAUGCUUGCCUAUAUCACAGAAACAAACUAUAAUAUCAAUAUUACUUUAGGAAGAAUGGGAAAAAGCAUUGGCCGAAUUCGCUCGUCGUUUCGAGAAUGGUAACGCUGACAAGAACCAGAAAGACGAUCUGAUCCGCCAAUUGACGAUAAAACGAGAUAAGAAGCUGGAGACUAUAACUCAUCGAAGGAAGGAGAGAGAACGUCACAAAACUACAGAAUUGUUCGAGAAGCAGGCUUCUGAGAUGCUGGACCUGUUCCGCCAAGCACGGCAACAGAACAAGCAGAACAGAGAGGUACAUCACGACAACUACUACGAGGGGGAGAGUAUCGCCAGCUCAGUUUCAUCCUACCCAUCCACCCCGCCCCCACCCAUGCCCCCAUCUUGCAGUAAGCGACACAUCUACACGGAUGUCAAUGUUUUCGAACAAAUUGACCAAGUAGCCAUCAGUGUAGCACAAUCCGAAGUCGCCACGUUCACGGAUCUGAUUAGAACGCUGACCAUAAAUGCUCGGUCAGAUGUGGACAAAGCAAGGUAACGUUUUGUUAUGUUAGUUAAGGUUACAAUCUAGGUAAAACUUUGUAUUGAUUAUCUUUCGCCAUUGUUGAGGUUGCAGUAUAUUUUUUAGCUUAUGUACAUAUUUUUUAAUUUCAGAGCGAUAUAUCGUUGGAUUACGGUAAAAAACCUGAACGUCAUGGUAUUCGACAACGAAUUAGACAAAGAUACACCAAUGGGACUACUACGAGGUAUCAAAUACGGUACAGAAAGCUACCACGUACUGUUUAAACGUCUUUGCAGGUACGUUUUGUCAAAGUGUUGUCCAUCUUGUACUAGUUCUUACAUCUGUUUUUUAAAAUGACUUAUUCACGUGUCAUUUCAUAAAGUCCUUACAUAUAUAUUAUGUUCAACUGAGAAGUUCUAUGUUUCAGUUACGCGGGUCUGCACUGUGUAGUGAUAAAGGGAUACUCGAAAUCAGCCGGUUAUCAGCCAGGGUUGCGUUUCGAAGACAACAGGUUCCGAAACACAUGGAAUGCGGUAUAUCUAGACGGCUCGUGGAGAUUCGUACAAUGCAAUUGGGGUGCCAGACAUCUUGUAAAUGCAAAAGAAGGACAGAAACCAGCACAGAACGGUGACAACAGCCUUCGGUAUGAGUACGAUGACCAUUACUUCAUGACUGACCCGGAGGUAGGUGAAUUACAUAAGCCAUAGCUAUUGUAAUAAAAAACAUAGAUCGUCAUCAUUACUUUUUGUCACGAACUACUUUAUGCGAUGACCAAAUCAGAAGCUUUGUUUUGCUUGGGUUACAUUUACUAUACUGCCGUACCUAAAAUAAUAUAUUUUCAGGAGUUUAUCUACGAAUUCUUCCCUAACGACUCAGCUUGGCAACUUCUUCCUCGACCUUUGUCGCUACCGCAAUUCGAGCAACUUCCAUUCGUACGAUCACUUUUCUUCCGCUAUGGCCUUAGAUUCAACGACCAACGUUUGUCUUCGGUCAUCCAGGCCGACGAGAGUGGAGCGGCCACGAUCACCAUCGAUAUGGACAAGGAAUCCGCUAACACACUCAUCUUCCACUACAACCUCCGCUUCUACGACAGCGACCAGUCGGAGAUUGACGGCUACAAUCUGAAGCGAUUCGUGAUGCAAAGCAGUACCAGUGAUUCUGUCGUCUUCAGGAUUCAUGUCCCCACUACACGACCUCUGCUAUUGGAUGUGUUCGCGAAUGCUGUAUCAGCCGACCACUACUUGACCGGUCAACCCAUAAAGUUCAAAUCAGUUUGCAAAUUUAAGGUAAGUUUUAUAUUUUUAUCUUAUUAUUGUGAGUAAUGUCACAAAACUUUGAUUGACUAUGUUAAUUUAGAUUGCAUGUCAUCGGCUCGACGUCAUUAUGGUACCUUUGCCUGAAUGUGCCAGUGGAGAGUGGGGCCCUGCCAAGGGCUACAGACUGUUUGGUUUGAUUCCAUUGUCCCACGAAGAAGCGAUAAUAAACUGUGGACAGUACUGUCAAGUUAGGUUCAGGUAAGGGCCAACACUUAAUGAUUGAGAAGAUAUACCUUGCAAUUUCAGUAUUACAGGUCAUGAAUGGAUGGUUAAUAUAAUAUAACAGUUAUAAUACAUUCCUGAACAAAUUAUUGCGUAUAAUUUCAGAAUGCUCAAACCAUUGGUCGAGUUCGUAGCAGCACUACACAGGAACGGGACAGAUGACAGACAUCUUCAUGGUUGUGUCCACACCGAAGUGCAAGAUGACAAUGUCAUCAUCAACCUGGAGUUCCCUGACGAGGGACAAUACGGACUCGACAUCUACACCCGCGACGCUCAACAGCCACCAGUUAACGGGAAACAACUCCUGACGCAUUGUUGUAAAUACCUCAUCAACUCCCGAGUAGAAUAG